AUGGGCCCCAGAAAACUAUCAGGUGCACAAAAUAGAAAAAAACUAAAAUGUAAACAAUUAGAGAAUAAAAUGUUAGCAAAUCAAUGGGGAAAAUGGUUAAAAAAAUCAAAUCAACAAAAUAUUUCAACAAAUUCGGCUAGUCAUGUUAAUGAAACUAAUACUAAUACUAAUGAGGUAGUGGACGAAAUUGAGUGUAAUGAAUCUAGAGAAAAUCCCGAGAAAUUAAUACCUGAAAUUGAAAUGUUAAAAGAAAUUUCUAUUCCUGAACCUAAAAUGUAUAGUGUAGAGACUGAAAAAAACACCGAAACUGAAUCACAUGUUAAUGAAUCCGAACACAAUAUAUUUAUAAUUGAUUUUAACGAUCCAUCUUCUUGGCCACCAAUUACUGAUAAAAUUCGUUCAUUAUUAAUUAAUCAUGGUCCGGAACAAGGUAAAAACUCAAACUUCUAUUUUUCUGAAAAUGAUACUGAUAAAAGACGUUUUACUGCCAAUUGGUUUACUAAAAUUCUUUCAAAUGGUGAAAAAGUAGAACGUUCUUGGCUUAUUUACAGCAAUAAAACCAAAUCUGUUUACUGUUUCCCAUGUAUGCUCUUUGCAAAUAAAACCAUGACAUCAUCAGCUAUUACAAAUCCGAAACAUGGAUUUAAUAAUUGGAAAAAGUUAAAUCCAAAAAUAACUGACCAUGAAAAUAGUAAUGAACACCGUAUGAAUAUGUUUAAAUGGAAAAAUGUAAAUAAAAAUAAUACAAUUGACUGUGCAUUGGAAAUUGAAAUAAAAAGUGAAAAAGAUAAAUGGAAACAUAUUUUAAAAGUUGUAAUUGACUGUGUAAGAUUUUGUAGCGUAAACAAUUUAGCUUUGAGAGGAUCUAAUAAUGAAAUUGGAAAGCCUGGAUGUGGAAUAUUUUUAAAUUUAAUUAGACUUAUUAGCAAUUAUGAUUCUGUUUUAUCGAGUCAUUUAAAAUAUCAUGGUCAAACUACAUAUUUAUCAAAUAAAAUACAAAAUGAAUUUAUAAAUUUACUAGGUUCAAAAGUAAGAAAUCAUUUGUAG